AUGCUGAACACCAAGGCAAAAGCCUCGUUAUUCAAAAGCGUGCUCCCGACAAUCCAUCACCCUCUUCCAUUGACUGAACGUCAGUCGGAUCGCCUUCUCAACCUCAUCAACACCUCUUUUCGUAAACAGCUGGACAAGGAACACGGAUUUCUUCCGAAGGCUCCCCGAGUCGUGAACCAACUGCCCAAUACGUCUUCGUCGCCAGAAGCCUCGGCCCCAGCAAAUCAUGUACCAAGCCGGCCCGUCGAUCGGCAUGUGCAUGCUGUCCUUAACAAUCCGCUCUUUACUCGGUCAACCACGGUCGAACAAGGCUCGGAUCCUAGAAGAUUGUGCGAUGCCCACAAGGCUGUUUUCGAAGAGGCGGUCAUGAGGGGGCUUAUGAACAUACCACGAGCUUAUGGCUUUCUCAAGAAUAUUUUACUCAUUCUCAAAGAUUCAACAACAUCGACGACACUGAAACCCACAGAGCAUUAUGGCAUGAAAGAUACAGGCGUGGGCCUUCUCGUUGUGCGAUGGCUGUGGGCCUCGGGUCUGGAACGCAGUCUUGACUUCCUCAGGUACAAGGGGUUUACCGAAAAGUUGACAAGAUUCAUGGUUUGUGAGGAUCUGGAAGACCUCAUUUGGGUCUGGAUAGAUCGCCUUAUCAAGGCCGAAUGCGAUCGAGGGCCUCAAGACUCUGGUUACCCGCUCCACUCGGCUGAGUUGCUCAAGUUGCUUGUCAUAGCCAAAAUGAGCAGCGGCUCCGACGUACAAUUAGCCAAGGGUUAUGCUGCCGUCCUGAAGGGGGAAAGCUUGUACAAAGAAAACUCUUCGUCGACAAGCGGUCUAAUGCCCGCCUGGGUACGCGUCGCUACCGAAACCACAUCAGCGACCAAUGUAUGGCAAGAAAAGCCGCCAGUCGACCUAUUCGAGAAGUUUGUCUGGGCGAACCGCGAAGACAAGACAGUAAAGGCAGACAGGAUAAGAGCUCAUCUCUCACUCUACCACCCGACGAAGCCAUCGCCCGAUCUUGCUGUGCAACAUCUCGCCGCUAAGCGCACCUGGGACGGGGUCAAGCAGUUCAUGCCACUUAAUCCGUUUGGUGAAGAGCUUCCGAAUCCAGUCCGGCGACUCCUACGGCUCAGCGUGGACACACUUGUUUGUCUCUCGCACGCUGGGCGGGUUGAAGAAGCAAACAAUAUCGUAGAGACGCUCAAGACACGCCUCCGCUAUCCUGAUGGCCGGCCGGUGAUUGAUACCUACAUAAAACAUGACUCAGGAGCUGGUUCUACAUGGUCGUCUAUAUGGUCGCCAAAAUGGCCGGGCGCGUCAAUCGAGUCGUAA